AUGGCGCCAAUGAAAGAUACCACUAUCACCCCUAGCAGGAUAAGUAUUCCUCGGGUAGCCAAAAAUAAGCCGAAGGAAUCACCUGAACCCAUUCCGAAGACUACACCUAAAACAAUUAAGAAGGCUCCAGGCCGCCCAAAGAAACCCGUUGCCGCAAAAAUACCUACCACGAAAGCAAUUCCAGCUCGCGAUGGGAAAGGAAAAGGAAAGGAGACGGAGAUGACAACGCCGGAAGUGCUCUCGAAUUCUCCUCCCAGUGACGAAAUCAUACGUCAAGAAGCAACAUAUCAAAACCCGUUUUCCACAGAAAGCUCGCGCAACAAUACUGCAGCUCUUCUCUCUCAGUGGGAGGCUAUCAAUUCUCCUAUUCUGAAUUCUCCAGAAUCAGAAAAGCGGUUAGUUGACAGAACCCCGACGUCUAACAUGUCGAGUCUUGCAAAAUCCAAGCAUGAAAGAGCAUACUCCGCGUCACAAAGAGGGAGACAUAUUGCAAUUCCUCCACCAGCUUCGAAAGACAGAGGAGAGCAAACUGCUCAGCUUUUCGAGGCCAACAAACAACACCGCUUGGACUCCUUAGUGGAAGGUAAAUUUCCCGAUCCGACUUAUCCUCGGGCAAGUAUAUCUGGUGGGACUGAGCCUUCUCCUGGGUUUAGUACGGCCAUGGGGUUCAAAUACUCACCGGGCUUUGGGGGACCACACGGCUUUAAUAUGAGCCCGAAAAAUAAAUUUGGCUUUAAUACGACGCCAAACAGUUCUGCAGUGCCUGGAACUGAAGAUCCAUCCUUGGAACAGACUCAACCAGCCAAUCCAAUCGAUCGAGCCGAUCAAAUCAUUUCAGAUGCUGAUGUUGAUGCCGUUCCCAGUCAUCGUGUCGAUGGAAACGCUUUCACGGUUCCAGAUUCCGGAUCCCCAGUAAAUUGGCAAAACCUUCCGACAGAAUGGGAUAAUAAUUUUGUGGACUGGAAUCAGAACAGAUUCACUGGGCAGAACUAUGUCGGGUAUCAGCCAUUUCAGCACGGAUCAUUCAGAUACCCGCCAAACACACUAUCGUUCGCAAACCAAGCACCCCCACCAAUCUUACCGCAUGGAUCGUACCUUGGACCUAUGUAUCCACAAUACCAUCCUCAUGAAACGCUAGAUUAUGGGACUACCGGUACUUGGACUGGACCAGCGAUUGCGACGCAGGUGCCAGGUGUCCCCCUUUUCCCUACAAAAGUAAGCGACAACUCAGAGCUCAUGGAUAUCAAAGAAAGUAGGAUGACACGAGGGAAAACUAUUUUUGUACCAGGAGGAAGGAUAGUCAAAACAACUACCACAGUGUUUACACCCACUGGCGAGGAGAAAAAGAAGGGCAAGAAUGUAGAGAGGGCGCCAGAAGACAAAGUUGGUAUAGUGGUAGUAGAUAAAGAGGGUAACGUUGAUGUUGAGUCCGGAGAUUGGCUAGCAGGAUUUAACAGGAUCGAAGGAUGGGAGGUAGAAGCGUUACUCAGUCGUAAUAGAAGGAGGUGGCCAAAUAAAAACAGGAAUGGAGUUACGAAAAAAGUCAUCACGAAGAACCAUACCCUUAAGAAAGCUGCGCCAUCGAAGAAAGAUUCUACCGCACCUAAGUCUACACCUAAGUCUCCUACAACUGAAUCUAAUUUAGAUUAUAUCUCCUUUGACCUUCCGCCCCUCCCUAAAUCUACCCGAUCACGAGCCACGAGAAUAUCGAAAUCGGUUCCUGAACCCGCCAAGAAUGCAACAGUAUCCAAAGCCAAUCGAGUAACAGGAGCGACCCAAGCAAAGAAAACCUCUGUCCCUUCCCUCAAAGCUAAUUCAAAAGCUAAAACCAAAGCAUCAACGCUAACAACACCCUCCCAACCCCAAGCCGCCGCUCGCAAAACUGUCAAACCAACGUCGACCCCAGCUAGUAAAGUCCGUUCAGCAAGAUCAUCUUCCACCAAACCAUCUCCCACACCCGCCAAAACGAAAGCCCCUAAAACCAAAUCCAGCACCAAAUCCAGCACCAAAUCUGCAACCUCAAAAUCCACAGCCGCAACACCCACAGCCGCAACACCCACAACCGCACCUGCAAAGACGCCAGCCAAAAAAUCAGCUCUUUCCUCUGGCUCAAACCCCACCGCCUCAAAGGCAAGAAAACCCGAGAAAAGCGCACCCAAAACUGGAGCGUUGGAGACAGUCAAUACCCGUGACCUCGAGGAGCAAGUCAAAAUAUACCUUUCCCUUGCCGACAAAGCAGCCAAAAAUGCAGGGCGACUCCGUGGGAAAGGCGCUGAGCGAGCUGCUAAGGAUUUUGAAGCGUUGAUGGGGUUUGUGGAGGAUGGGUGUAAAGAGUUGGAGAGGCGGGGGGUAGACUUCAGAGGAGAGUGA